CAGUCAAGCCUGAAUUGGGAAGAGCAUGAAACACGAUACUACACUGAAUGCUGUUCUUUGAUACUGCAAUGAGUCACAAAAAGGAAUUUCCACAUAGAGUUGAGGAAUGGACAAAGGAGCAGGUUCACCAGUGGUUGUCUGUAGAACUGAAGGUGGACCAACCAUGGGCUGACAAAUUAUAUGAGGAAGACGUAUCAGGAAAGGAACUUAUUUGCUACAAAGCAAAAGACUUACAGGAAUUAGGUAUUAAGCAUGGUCCUGCAGUCAGAAUCAUAAACACAUUAGAGACUCUGGUACAGACUCACAAAAAUGAGCCAGUGCUGGAUAUACAGAAAGACACCCCUCAAACACAGUCAGAGCCUUCUGAAAGUUCAACAACACAGUGUACUGAAUCAAGACAUGAUACAUCAGUGAAUACUGCUCUGCCAAAAACUGAACAACCACAACAGAAAAGAAAAAAGAAAAAGCAAAAGUCACACAAAAAAGGUUUAGGCAACCCUGACACUUCCACAAAUUCAGAACACAUAGGCAGCACAAAUGAAGAACCUUCUACAAAUACAACAACUCAAACAAUAGAAUCACAAGCUCCCAAACCCCUCAGCAAUGUGGAUGAAGGUCAACCAAAAGAAAGGCCCACAGUAAUGCCCUCACAAACACACAAGAAAAGAAAAAAUAAGACAGGCGUAUCCUCCCAAAACGUGCCUCCUGAUAUAACAGAGACAGAACCUGCAGAAACAACAGACCUUCCUAAAAUGCAGGUCUCAAACGCAGAGGAACCAGAAAUAAAGUCAGAGAGCAAGCAACCUCAAUCGAAACAUCUCUGCAGUUUCUAUCCUUUUGACCAGCAGUCAGCCCCUCACAGAUAUAUUGAGAACUAUAUUUUACCACCCGAGUCAGGACCAAGUAAUCUUAUUGAUCCAGUACACGAAUACAAGUUUUUGGGAAGGGCAGAAGACAUUCACGUCAUGAAGAAAAAAAUCAACAAAGAGGUUUUUCGAUUUGCAGCAGGAUGCAUGAACGCAAGGACAAACGGAACUAUUCAUUUUGGUGUAGCAGAUUCAAAGAAUACUGAAUUUUCCCAUGGGGAGAUUGUUGGGGUCAGUGUUGAAAAAACAGAUACAAUCAUUGAUCACUUUAAUCAAGGCAUUAAACAGUACUUCGAAGACAGUGCUGAUGAUGCAAAGAAGUGCAUUAGACAACCCCGAUUUGUGGAAGUGUUGUGCUGUGACAACACCUCAUCCAGCAAAUACGUCAUAGAGGUGGAUGUUGUUCCAGGUCACAUUGUUGUUCAUGAGAAGAUAUUUUACACCCAGACUUUGGAUGAAGAGAACCAAUGGAAGAAAUGCAAAGGAAAAUCACUUUUCAUUAGAGAGGGAGCUGCAACCAAAGACAUGCAAAACAUCCCACCCAAAGAAUUAGCUAAAGUUAUCGCAGACUUGAAGAUUCUAGACACAAAAAGAAAGGAAGCAGAAAUUAAGCCCAACAGAAAAAGAAAAUUAAAUCAGGGAGAAAAACUCAAGAGUCUGUUGACAGAUUCUGAUUACUACAUAAUUGUAACAAACAAAAGUCACCCUGAACAACUGGAACAUCUGAAGUUCCUGACAACAUUACGACUAUUCUGCGUACUUGACUUUGAUCCAGAUUCUGUGGGAAAUGGGACUUGCCACAACUACAGAAAAAACAGAGUUGCAAACAUUCACACCCCGAUACAGUUUCAUGGAGAUCCAGGAAUGUUAACGCAAAAUCUGAACUUGUACAAACAAACCAGUUGGGUGAUGUGCAAUGGAAGAUUGGACAUUAACACAGAAUCUGACAAACCACUGCCCCCUAACAAGUGGUUAAUAAACAGAGCUGGAGAAGUGCAGGACAUGAUUUCCUUCCUUUGCAAUCCAGACACUCUUCCAAGACGGAGUUUAGUUAUCUUUCUCCUUCUCUCAGUCGUUGAAUCCAUGAAUGACCCAAUUUUUGAUACUUUCAUGUCAUUUUACAAGAAUCUUGGAGGAAUACAGAACAUUAUAAGCAUAUGCACAACAGACAAUGCUUUUCAGAAAUGGAAAGACUUUAUUCAAAUCAGAACAGAGGAAGACCUCAGUGAACAAAGAAUAUUUGAAUUGGAACUCAGCGAAAUCAAUGGAUCAAUUCUGGAAAAGCACAAACAAACGACAGAAAGACUACUGCCUUCUUUUGGUGGAAGCUCAGUGGUUGUAAAACAAAUCGAUGAGGAUUCAAUGCCAGCUCUUGAUAUUCUCUACCAGAACCAGUGUGAAAAUGUGUAUGCUGAGGACAGUGAAGAAUUCAAAGACUUCAGAAAAAUCACAGAGGCUGAGUUCUACAGGGGUGACAAGGUAAAAUGGUGGAACUUCUACUUUUCAGACAAAACACCAACAAAGCCUUUUAUAAAACGGGACAAGUAUAAGCAAGUUCUGAAAAUGGUCAGGGAUCAGACCAAUAACCCUACAAGUACAUGCUUCAUGGUCAAUCUUUUUCAUCAUCCUGGAUGCGGUGGAACAACGUUAGCCAUGCACGUGAUGUGGGAUCUGAGAAAAGAAUUCAGAUGCGCCGUGUUAACAGAUAACACAAUCACAAAAACAGAAGUGGCACAGCAAGUUGCUUAUCUCAUCAAGUGUGGAAAAUCUGAGAAGUCUCAUAAAACGCCAGUCUUGCUACUGGUGGAAGACUCAGAAGACACAGAAAACACACAAGAGCUGCAGCACUGCUUAAGGAAAAUCAUUGGAGAAAUGGACGCUUUUGUUGUCCUCCUGAACUGCAUACGUUCAAAAAAUCCUAAAGAAAAAUGGAAAAACAGUGUCAUUGAAAGCCAGUAUAUCACAGCAAGUUUAUCAAAGGAGGAGCAAAAUGCUUUUGAAGUGAAGCUUCAAGAACUUCACACAAUUCAUGACAAACCUGAGAACUUCUACAGCUUCAUGAUCGUGAAAACUAACUUUAAUCAAGCGUAUGUGACAAAUGUCGCAAGUAACAUCUUAAGAGAUGUGGAUGUUGGAAGUAGAGAAGCGCAGCUUUUCUCGAUCCUAGCACUGCUUAACACGUACGUGGCUGAAUCUAACAUUUCUGUGUCUCUCUGUGAAGAUUUCCUGGGCAUUAAAAGGAGACUGUGGGGAACAGAAUCUGUGUUGGAAAAAAUGGAGUCUUAUUCAUGCCUGCUAAUCGAGUUCCAAGCUGAAGAAUGUGGUGUGUACAAGGCUAUUCGAUUUGUUCAUCAACGUAUUGCAGCAGAAUGUGUCAUCGUAUUGGAGGAGAGGCACAGAAGCCCAAGAGCUGACAUAAUCCUCAACAUGCUACACAAAAACUUGUUUUUUGAAAGAGGAAUGGGCAGGGAUAGCCUACUACAGUCAGUGAAAAGCAUGCUAAUCACACGCCAACGUAAGACAGAAGGUGAUGAGAAAGACACGCUGUUUUCACCCUUGAUCGAAGACAUAAAAUCUGGAAGUGAGGGACCUAAAAAAAUUGAAAACAUUUUGACCGAAGCAUCAAAAAGAUUCGAUAAGGACUUCACCAUUCCUCAGGCUUUAGCACGCCACUACUACCUCAAUGACAAAAACUUUGCCCUAGCAAAGGACUGGGCAAACAAUGCCAAAACCAUCAAAGAAAAUUCAUACACUGCUGACACAGUUGGGCAGGUCUCACGAAGAGAACUAAAAUACAAGAUUGAGGGCAAAAAGCAAGAGGAAAGCACUUACACAGCUGAAGACCUCAACGAAUGUCUUGACCUGGCUAAAGCUGCGAUAAAUGCUUUCCGAACAGCUCAGACCUUAGCAAAGAAAGAUGAUGUGGCUGACACAGAAGAGAAACGCCACUGGAAGCAAAAUAUCUACAACAUAUCUGGAUAUAUGAAUGAGAUUGACAUUGCGAUGACAGUCUUUGACAUUGUGAAAGGGCUUCCACUGUUUGAGGAGAAUGAUCCAAUGAAACAUGAGUAUAUUAGGCAAUUUUUCAAAGGAAAGAUGAAAUUGUCUUCAAUUCGCACUGCUCAAACUGAUCUCAAUGACAAAUUAAUUGCCAUUCUUAAGGACAACGAGUCAUUUCUUAUCUCCUUGAAGUCAAAUGUAGACAGAGCUUUUGAAUUUCUCGAAGAAUUCUUCACCUACACAAGAGGCAAAGGUGUUGUUGACAAUGAAAAGCAGAACAAAAACAGAAAUUGGAUCUCUGACCACUUUAAAACCUACAUCUCUUUGUUCUGCUCCUCAACAGAGGAAAAACAAAGACAGAGAGUAUGUAAACCUAAACUCAGCUUACACAUGGAAAUUGAUGAAUGCAGAAUGUUUCUAGAAGAAAACAGAGCAAACAACUUUCCAAGAAUUCUCCAAUUUUUGGAAGUCCGGAAAAGAAUGAUCGAGCAAAUUGCACAAAAAUACUCAUUCAUCUACAAGAAUUGUAGUACCAAAUCUCUUCAAGACAAAACCAAUCACUUGCUCACACACAUAAUCCUCAAACUGAACCAUCCAACAUCAAAACUGGCAAAAUCCCAAAAAGAUCUGACCGAUCUUUUGAUGGAAAUUUUGCAAGAAGCAGGACUGACACAUCAGUAUCCAGAACCGUACUAUCUCGCACUGCUGUUACUCUGGCCUGGAAAGAAACAUGUUGACAAGCGUAUAACCACAUACGUGGAAAAUAUAAAACGUUCAUCACGAAAGCAACAUUCCCACCUGUUUAGAGCAAGAAACCCCAUCGCUCACUUGUAUCUGGGAAAGGCAGAUGGAUUAGACAGAUUGGCCUCCAAAACAUUUCUUGACAGAAGUUUCAGUGAUGUUUCAGAGCGAAAUAUUCUCUGGCAGAAUGCAGAGAUCUUCAAAGAAGCAGCGAUUAAAGAGAAGCUUCUUAGAGUAAAGGGCAUCAUAACGCAAGGAGAGCUCUACGCGGAGUACGGCAAGCUGCAGAUUCCUGUCCGACCGACCUACCUUGGAGGAAUACGCAGUGGGCACAGUACAGAAAAAGUGUCCUUCUAUGUAGGCUUCGCCAUUGAUGGACCACUCGCCUAUGGCAUCCAAUAUGAAGAGACUUAGACUAUGAAUGCUUUGGAACACCUGCUCAUUUAUUGCUUUUCCCAAAAUAACUGUCUCUUCUACUAGAUUUUGAGUACUGUUGGGAGUAAAUGAUUACAUGUAUAAAGAGCAUUAGUGAGAUCAGGAUGUUAUUUGAUUACCAACAGGCCUCGUCCCAAAAGUACUGGAUGGGCAUAACAGAUACGACUAUGUUCCAUGGUUGGCACUGCUCCGGAUAAAAGGGAGUUGCUGGUUGCAGGGUUUUAAACAAACUCCAGCUUUUUAUGGUGCUUUUAUUACGCUUCACAUUGGAUGAUUGAACAUUGCAAGCAUUUUAAGAUACAAUCUUAAGGCCUAAAUGAAAUGAUACUUCUUGGUGCACUGGAAAAUAGAUUUUCUAGACUGUAGACAUUGCUUAAAAUAUUUCAUCUUUGUGCAUUUAUCUCUGUAUCUAUGCUUCUGUGAAGGUUACAGAAAAAAUCAGUCUGGGGCCCUGGCCCACUGAGCCACCAUGGACUUUGUCUGUUGUGCUACUUUACCUCACCUCUACUAUAUGUCCAGAUAUAUUACCAGAAUGUGUGUUGAUUAUGAAAAGAUACAAGAAAGGCAAUCAACUGUAAAUAACAAACCUAUUUUGAUGUAUAAUUCAUGUUAACACUCUGUGAAGAUGUGAAUGUAACUCUUACUAAUGCACCUGAAUGAAUCCCCUCUUAAAAUUCAUACAGUUGUUAAUGUUUAACAUGCUUUUGACCAUGCUGCUGUGUUUGAACACUUGUUUCAUUUGUUGUUGAACAUACAAUAAAUACCACCCAUCCUGCAAUCUGUA